AUGAACACACACCGUUACGCCAAAGAGCUGCACCUAGCCAGCCUCGCCGUCCAACGAGCCGCCCUCCUCACAAAACAACUGCUCUCCGAAGUAGACAAAGGCUCCUUCGACAAGAAGGACGACACCCCAGUGACAAUCGCCGACUUCGCCGCCCAAGCCUCCAUCAUCGCCGCCAUCCACCACACCUUCCCCACCGAUCAAAUCGUCGGCGAAGAAGACUCCACCGCCCUGCGCGAGAACCCAGAUCUCCUCGAACGUACCUGGGAACUUGCCACGUCCGUACACCUCGAUGACGAAGCCAGCGAAGCAUUCCUGCACACGCCCAGCUCGCGCGACGAGCUCCUGGAGCUUAUCGAUCUCGGCGCAAAGGGCGCUUGCGGGCCCGGCCGUGUCUGGACACUGGACCCCGUCGACGGCACGGCGACCUUCAUGCAGGGCCAGCAAUAUGCGGUGUGUCUCUCGCUAGUCGAAGACAGGGUACAGCGGCUCGGUGUGCUGGGUUGUCCGAACCUGAAACUCGGCGAGGGCCCUGUCUCGGAGGAAACGGUGGACCGGGACGGGUACGGUCAGCUUUUAACGGCCAUCGCGGGUCAUGGGGCGUUCAUUGCGCCGCUUGGAACGGGCGCGCUACAGCCUUGCCAGGCGCUGGAGAGGAUACCGCCGGUUGAGACGGCGAGUGAGGUGCGCUUCGUGGAUACGCGGGCUGCUUCGUCGCAUAACGUUGAUAUCCAUGCAAAGGUAGCCGCGCAGCUGGACUGUCCGUGGCCGAAUCCUGUGGACUUGUGGUCGGCGCAGAUGCGGUAUGUGGCUAUUGCGGUGCAGGGUGGGUGUAAUGCCUUUGUCAAGGUGCCGCGGCGGGAGAGUUAUCGGUCGAAGAUUUGGGAUCAUGCUGGGGGGAUGUUGUUGGUGCAGGAGCUGGGGUGUGUGGUUACGGAUUUGGAGGGACAGGAAGUUAAUUGUGGGCUUGGUAGGACGCUUGGUGGAUGUUAUGGAAUGGUUGUUGCUCAGGCUUCGAUACAUGGGCGGGUAUUGGAGGCUGUGAGGGCUGCGAGGCAGGCAUAG